UUGCGCGCGCGGGCCCGCGCGCGGGAUCACCGGACGCUGCUCCCCUGCCGCGGCGCGAGGGCGCCGCGCGCGCGCUCCCACCCCGCCUCCCCCCGGCCCCGCCGCACCCCCCCCAGAGCUCCCGGUCUGGAAGACUCCCACUACUCCUUCUAAUUGGUGUAUGUGUUUAACCCUAAAUUGUGCAUUAUGGCAGACAAAUUAACAAGAAUUGCAAUAGUCAACCAUGACAAGUGUAAGCCAAAGAAAUGUCGUCAGGAAUGCAAGAAGAGCUGUCCAGUGGUUCGAAUGGGAAAACUUUGCAUAGAAGUCACAUCACAGAGCAAAAUAGCAUGGAUUUCAGAAACUCUUUGUAUUGGUUGUGGUAUUUGCAUCAAGAAAUGUCCUUUUGGAGCCUUGUCAAUUGUUAACUUACCUAGCAACCUGGAGAAAGAAACAACACAUAGAUACUGUGCCAAUGCCUUCAAACUUCACAGGUUGCCUAUCCCUCGUCCAGGUGAAGUACUGGGAUUAGUUGGAACCAAUGGUAUUGGAAAAUCAACUGCCUUGAAAAUUUUAGCAGGAAAACAGAAGCCAAAUCUUGGAAAAUAUGAUGAUCCACCUGACUGGCAAGAAAUUUUGACUUACUUCCGAGGAUCUGAAUUACAAAAUUAUUUUACCAAGAUCCUGGAAGAUGACCUUAAAGCUAUCAUUAAACCUCAGUAUGUGGACCAGAUCCCUAAAGCUGCAAAGGGAACAGUGGGAUCAAUUCUGGAUAGGAAGGAUGAAACUAAGACACAAACUGUUGUAUGUCAGCAGCUUGACUUAACACACCUGAAAGAAAGGAAUGUUGAGGACCUUUCAGGAGGAGAACUUCAGAGAUUUGCUUGUGCAGUUGUUUGCAUUCAGAAGGCUGAUAUCUUCAUGUUUGAUGAACCUUCCAGCUACUUGGAUGUCAAGCAGCGUUUGAAGGCUGCCAUUACCAUUCGAUCCCUAAUAAACCCUGACAGGUACAUUAUUGUUGUAGAGCAUGAUCUAAGUGUGUUAGAUUAUCUCUCUGACUUUAUCUGCUGCCUGUAUGGUGUGCCAAGUGCUUAUGGUGUUGUUACCAUGCCUUUCAGCGUAAGAGAAGGCAUAAAUAUUUUCCUAGAUGGCUAUGUUCCAACAGAAAAUCUAAGGUUUCGAGAUGCGUCUCUGGUAUUUAAAGUAGCUGAAACAGCUAACGAAGAAGAGGUUAAAAAGAUGUGUAUGUACAAGUAUCCAGGAAUGAAAAAAAAGAUGGGAGAAUUUGAACUAUCCAUAGUAGCUGGAGAAUUCACCGAUUCUGAAAUUAUGGUGAUGUUAGGGGAAAAUGGAACUGGCAAAACAACAUUUAUCCGAAUGCUUGCGGGAAGACUUACACCUGACGAAGGAGGUGAGGUUCCAGUCCUGAAUGUUAGUUACAAACCACAGAAAAUCAGCCCUAAAUCUACGGGAAGUGUCCGUCAGCUGCUUCAUGAGAAGAUCAGAGAUGCCUAUACACACCCCCAGUUUGUAACUGACGUGAUGAAACCUCUUCAGAUAGAAAACAUCAUUGACCAGGAGGUCCAGACGCUGUCUGGUGGUGAGUUGCAGCGUGUGGCGUUAGCUCUUUGUCUGGGUAAACCUGCAGAUGUUUAUCUGAUUGAUGAGCCCUCAGCAUAUCUGGACUCUGAACAGCGUCUGAUGGCUGCCAGAGUCAUUAAACGUUUCAUUCUCCAUGCUAAAAAAACAGCUUUUGUGGUAGAACAUGAUUUUAUCAUGGCUACAUAUCUUGCUGAUCGUGUGAUUGUUUUUGAUGGCAUUCCUUCCAAGAACACACUGGCAAACAGUCCACAGACUCUUUUGGCUGGAAUGAAUAAGUUUUUAUCUCAGCUUGAAAUCACUUUUAGAAGAGACCCCAACAAUUACAGACCAAGAAUAAACAAACUCAAUUCCAUCAAGGACGUGGAACAAAAGAAGAGUGGAAACUACUUCUUCCUGGAUGACUAAAUAUUGAAUCCCAGCAUCUUUAACUGGCAUCCAGAAAUGCACAUUGAAAUCUAAACAGCUGUGAUGAGAUGGCUCAGAUCAGGUUUUAGAACAAUUAAUCUUUUGGAGCUUAAAAUCUCUUGCUGCAUUUAACAUGAGACAGUAGCAGUAAACAUCCUAGUCUGAGUAAAACUGCCACUUUGUAUAUUUUGGUGACACAGCCCUAUUUUCAGUGUAAUAAUUUCAAAAUAGACCACCUUGAAAUUGUGCAAAUGGGUCUCCUGAUUUUUCAAAAUUUAAGGGAGGUUUUCAAUUCAAUAUAUCCUACUCAUGUACCAAGUACUGACUGAACUUCCUCAUUUUAAAAUAAAUCUUUGAAGCUGUUUUCUGUAUAAGAGGAAAGUUUACUAAGAAUGUUACGCUACAGGAGUGACUCCUUUUAAAAAGGUUAAAUCUCUCUGGCUGAGGGUUUCAAAAAUAAAAUAUCGACCUAACUUACAA